GUGGCUUCUGCCGGGCAGUUCCAAAGGAGAUGGCCGGUAUGGUCCCUGGCCAUGCAGCGGGGAGAUCGACGUUCUGGAGACGGUGGAUGGCGAUCCUCAUGGGGCUUUCAACCUGGUGGCAGGCUUCGGGAGUAGCUCGGGCAACUGCUUUGAUCCGGCCGCGGUGUCCUGCAACGCCUGCGCGCCUCCGCAAUAUUGCACCAGCACAACGCUUGCAGAUGCUGCGGCCUCGCACUACUUCGUGGAGGACGUGGACUGUGCCGCCAAUCAGAAAUCCUGGCAGGAGCACCUUUUUGUACUCUACUGGCAGCGAGAUGUCAUUACAACCUUUGUGGACCCUCACCUCUCCUACGAUGCCAGCGGCCAUCUGAUUGGGAUCCAGGCGAAGAAGCAUGCGAACAGCUACGCAUCCUUCAAAACCUAUCACCGCAGCAGCACACCGACAUGGGCUGCGGUGCAGGACUACAUGGGGAAGUGCUUCCCCGGCCGCCACUCUCCAGACGCGCCCUUCGACAUUCCCAUGAAAAUCGUUCUCAACAUUGCCGUUGGUGGCUACGGCGGCGCGCCGUGCUUCUGGGGAGGCGAUGCUUGCCAGGCCCAGUGUGGCGGAGCCAUUGGCGCCGAGCUGAUCUUGUCGGACAUCAGCGUCUGGCAGUAG